GGCGGAUGACACUGGUCUUUUCUCUUCCGCCCGCAAUUAAAUAAGGUUGAUUCGAAGCUUGCACCCUCUUUCAACGAAAAUAUACUAUUUUGCGAAGAAAUCGGAACAGAUUCUUGCCUGCAGUCACCAAUUGCUGCCUCUAAAAGUACCUUGAAGCAUACUUCAUCUUUUCCCCUGAAUUCUCGCCCCCCUCUUUCACGCCGCGGCUAUCUAGAUCUACCCCGCGAAACUAUGGCCUUCUUCCUUCAAAACCCCAAUGUAGGGGAUACCAAUCAUCUCGAAGAUUCAAGGAUUCUUGGCUACAACCCUUUAACACCACCCAACCUUUUACAACAUGAGAUCGCCCUCACAGAAACUGCCCGGAAAACGGUCCUUCAAGGCCGAGCUGAGGCCAGUGCCGUCGCCCAUGGCACUGAUACCGACAAGCGCCGCCUCCUGGUUGUCAUCGGACCCUGCUCGAUCCACGACCCGGAAAUCGCCCUUGAAUACUGCGACCGAUUACUGAAGUUAAAGGCGAAGUAUAAGGAUGAGCUGCUGAUCGUAAUGCGCUCUUACCUGGAAAAGCCCCGGACCACCGUCGGCUGGAAGGGUCUCAUCAACGACCCGGAUAUUGACAACAGCUUCAAUAUCAACAAGGGUCUGCGUGUCUCUCGCCAACUCUUUGUCGACCUGACGAAUAAGGGAAUGCCCAUUGCUAGUGAGAUGCUGGACACAAUUUCGCCCCAGUUCCUAGCGGACUGUCUCUCCGUCGGUGCCGUCGGCGCGCGAACAACAGAGUCUCAGGUCCACCGAGAACUGGCCUCGGGUCUGUCGUUCCCCGUUGGCUUCAAGAACGGCACGGAUGGCUCGCUAGAUGUCGCUGUUGAUGCCAUUGGGUCUGUCAAACACCCUCACCACUUCCUGUCGGUUACCAAGCCCGGUGUUGUUUCUAUCGUGGGUACCGUCGGCAACCCGGAUUGCUUCGUUAUCCUGCGCGGUGGCAAGAAGGGCCCCAACUACGAUGCUGCCAGUAUCACCGAGGCAAAGGAGAAGCUCAUCGCCAAGGGUCUUGCUCCUCGUCUCAUGGUCGACUGCAGCCACGGCAACUCGGAGAAGAACCACAAGAACCAGCCUAAGGUCGCCGGUGUCCUUGCAGAGCAAAUCGCCGCAGGCGAGACCGCGAUCAUGGGUGUCAUGAUUGAGAGUAACAUCAACGAGGGUGCUCAAAAGGUCCCACCCGAGGGCAAGUCCGGUCUCAAAUACGGCGUCAGUAUUACUGAUGCUUGCAUCAGCUGGGAAGACACCGAGUCAACGCUAGAGACACUCGCGAAGGCCGUUGCCACUCGGAGAGAGAAACUGGCUUCCAAAUAAAACCCACUUCUUGUAGAAUUAAAAAAAGAAUAUGCUUGUAUCCCGGGUAUCUAAAAUUGGUUGAGCUAGCGGAUUUGAAUCAUUCAACAAAAAUAUGAAUUUUCCUUGAUUACCUCCCGUGUACUAUUUUGUCACCUUCACCCAUGUAGUAAUAAUGUCUACAUAUAAACCCGGAUAACCUAGCAGUACAACUAGAAGCUAAAACAAAAACGGUU